CAGAGUAACAGCAAAAAACAACAGAACAUCGCUGUCGUCGCUGCUGCAGUCGCCGUCGCCGCUGACGUCGCCGCAUGCUUACUAUUAAUUUAUUAUACAAAUUGUUUUUAUUUUGAAUAAUGGAUCGUCGUGCAUUGAAGUUUAUGCAAAAAAGAGCGGACACUGAAAGCGAAACAACAGCAACAACAAACACAUUGACAGCAGCAGCAGCAGCAGCAACAAUUUCAACAACGGCCGCAUCAGCAGCAACUACAACAACAACGACAACAACAACAGCAGCAGCAAUUACAACAACAACAACAACUGCGCUACCCCUAAAGGACAAUUCGAAUAUAAGAAGCAGCAGCAGCAACAACGGCAACAGCGACAAGUUGCAAACAGCAACGCAACAGCUACAACAGCUACAGCAGCAACACAAGCAACAACAGCAGCAGCAGCAGCAACAUAUUGUUAGUGUUGAGCGACCUUUAAAGUGCUUGGAGACCUUGGCUCAAAAGGCUGGCAUAACAUUUGACGAGAAAUACGAUUUUGCUAGUCCGCCACAUCCAGGCAUUGGCAACACUAACAACAACAACAAUCAUAAUAAUAAUAACAAUAAUAAUAACAAUAACAACAAUAACAACAAUAAUAAUACACAAUUGAACAACAAUAAUCAUAUAAAAAGCUCCACGCCCACAUCAAUUGCAACAAAUACAGCGCAAACGCCGCGACGCACAGCAACAACACCAACAGCAGCAGCAACAACACCCACAGCAGCAACAACACCAAACAGCAACAGCAACAACGCGCGCUCACGCAGUGUUUCACGUUCGCGUUCGCGUUCCAGCACGCCCACUUCGCGUGCAGCAGCAGCAGCAGCAGCAGCAGCGACAGCAGCAGCAGCAGCAACAACAACAUCAGUUGUUGGCGGCACGCUGGAGAAAUCACAGAGCCCCGCCCAACAGGUGGCAUCCGCUGCGGCGGUGCCACUGCAAAUUUCACCUGAGCAAUUGCAGCAAUUCUAUGCGAGCAAUCCGUAUGCAGCCAUACAGGUUAAACAGGAGUUUCCCACGCACAAUGCCAGCGGCAACAACAACAGCGUUGUUGGCGGCGGCAGCAACAACAAUGGCGGCGGCAACAACAACAACAAUAGCAAUAACAGCGGCAACAAUAGCGGCAACAGCAACGAAUUGAAGCACGCCACGGGUCUAUUGGAUGCCAGCCAAACGACACAGCUGCAACAAUUGCAGCUGCAACAAUUGACGGCGGCUGGCGAUGGCAAUGCAGCGGCUGCGGCCGCUGUGGCUGCUGCUGCCGCUGCCCAGCAACAACAGCAGCAACAGCAACAGCACUCGACAGCAAUCAGCACAAUGUCGCCAAUGCAAUUGGCUGCUGCCACCGGCGGUGUCCCCGGCGACUGGGCCAACGGUCGAACGGUGCAACUGAUGCAGCCAUCGACGGGCUUCAUCUAUCCGCAAAUGAUCGUCUCCGGCAACCUGUUGCCGGCAACGCUCGGCCAGCAGCCGAUACAGGUGAUUGCCAGCAAGCACUUUCAGGGCAGCGGGCCGCAGAUGAUAACGACGACCACACAGAACGCCAAACAGAUGAUUGGCGGGCAGGCGAGCUUUGCCGGUGGCACCUAUGCGAUCCCCUCGAGUCAGUCGCCGCAGACGUUGCUCAUUUCGCCAGUGAAUGUGAUUUCGCCGCAGCAGCAGAGCUUGCUGCACACCAUGCAGGCGGCGGCGGCGGCGCAACAGCAGCAGCAGCAGCAGCAACAGCAGCAGCAACAGCAGCAGCAGCAACAGCAGCAGCAGCAGCAACAGCAGCAGCAGCAACAGCAAUUGACACAGCAGCAACAGCAACAAUUGACUGCAGCUCAGCAGGCAGCGCUGGCUGUGACCGCCUCGAAGGUGGGCCUGACCAGCGACGGGCAGGCCAAGCUGCAGCAGAAGGUGGUGCAGAAGGUGACAACCACAACGAAUACGGUGCAAGCCGCCAGUGGCGGUGGCAAUGCUCAAACGCAACAGCAGCAACAGCAGCAGACCACAACGCAGCAAUGUGUCCAGGUGUCGCAGUCAACGCUGCCAGGUGUUACCGCUGCCCAGGCAGCCCAGCUAAUUAGUCCGCUGCAGAACGCUGCAAGCGGCCAACCGCAGCAGAUGAUUAAUCCCUGGUUCUGGUCCAAUUUCGGUGCGAAUCCGAUUAUAUUGCGCGGGCAGGCGGAUCAUACGUCCGGCAUGUUCAUCCAGCAGCCGGCGACGCAUCAAGCGCUCCAGACACAGCAGAAUCAGAUAAUUCAGUGCAAUGUGACGCAGACGCCAACAAAGGCGCGCGCUCAGCUAGACGCGCUGGCGCCAAAGCAACAGACGCAGCAGCAGCAACAGGCCAAUGCACAGCAGCAACAGCAGCAGCAGCAGCAACAGCAGCAGCAGCAGCAGCAGGCGGCGCAGCAGCAGUUGCUGACGGCACAGCUGCAGCGGACAGGUGCGCCCAUCUUGCCACACAAUGGGGCGCAGGUGCGACCCGCCAGCUCGGUGUCCACGCAGACGGCGCAGAAUCAAAGUUUGCUCAAGGCAAAGAUGCGCAACAAGCAGCAGCCGGUGCGACCCGCUUUGCCCACCUUGAAGACGGAGAACGGACAGGUGGGCGCUGGCGGUGGCAAGGCGGCGGGCGGACAGGUGAACAGCAAUGCGCUGAGUCAGCAUUUGGCCGUGCAACAGCAACAGCAAGCGGCGGCAGCAGCAGCAGCGGCAGCCGCCAAUCUGCAUCAGGUGGUGACAACGGCGGGCAACAAGAUGGUGGUCAUGAGCACGGGCACGCCCAUAACACUGCAGAAUGGGCAAACGUUGCAGGCGGGCGGCGUCGAUAAGCAACAGCAGCAGCAACAGUUGCAGAUAAUAAAGAGCCAGCAAUUGUUGCAGCAGCAGAUGUUGCAGCACCAAUUGCUGCAACUGCAGCAGCAGCAGCAGCAACACGCACAACAGCAGCAGCACCAACAGCAGCAGCAGCAACAGCAGCAGCAACAGCAGCAGCAGCAGACGCAGCAAACGCAACAGCAACAAACGUUGACGAAUGCCACAGCGCAGCAAAUAUUGCAGGUGGCGCCAAAUACGUUUAUUGCCUCGCAACAGCAGCAGCAGCAGGCGCAGCAGCAACAGCAGCAGCAGCAGCAACAGCUGCACAAUCAACUGCUGCAGCAUCAAUUGCAGCAGGUGCAGCAGCAGCAACAGCAACAGCAGCAGCAGCGCGAACAUCAACAAAAUAUCAUACAACAAAUUGUGGUGCAGCAAACGCAACCCACGCAGCAGCAGCAGCAGCAACAUCAACAGCAGCAGCAGCAGCAACAAGCACAGCAACAACAGUUGCAGCUGACCAGCGUGCCGUUCUCCGUUAGCUCAACGACAACACCCGCAGGCAUUGCCACCUCGAGCGCCUUGCAGGCGGCACUGUCUGCCUCGGCGGGCACUGUCUUCCAGACAACUGCCAAGACGAGCAACUCAUUGCCCAGCAGCAGCGUCGUGACCAUCAGCAAUCAGGGCGCUGGGCCGCUGGUAACGAGCAGCACGGUGGCCAGUUUGCAGCAACAGGCGCAGCAGUUGCAGCAGCAGCAUCAACAGCAGCAGCAGCAACUCAUAAACGCUAGCCUAGCAGCUGCUACGCAGCACCAACAGCAGCAGCAACCCACUGGCUCACCCACACAGAAUCCCAUACUGGCCAUGACCUCGAUGAUGAAUGCAACAGUUGGCCUGCCAACAACAACAGCAACGCCGACUGUCAGCACGGCUCUGGUCACGCUCAGCAAUAGCCAUAGCAAUAGCAUAACAACGAUGCCAGCCACGCCCACCAAGGCCAUAAGCAUGAGCACAGGCAGCAGUCAGGAGACGACGCCCAAGCAGCAACAGCAGCAGCAGCAGCAGCAGCCGACAGCAACAUUGGUGCCCAUUGAAACGUCGCUGACAGCAGCUGAGGUGCACAAAGCCAGCGUCGAGGCAAGCAGCUCGACAGCAACAACAACAACAACAACAACGGGCGAGGCGCUGCAUAAUGGCGAUAUCAGCGAGGCAACGAAGCUGACAACAACGGCAACAGCAACAGUUGCUGUGGUUAAGCAAAGCAAUGCCGUGUUGCCCAGCAGCAGCAGCAGCAGCAACAGCAACAGCAACAGCAAAGAGGAGAAGAACAGCAACAGCAACAGCAAUGUGAGCAGUACAGCGUCUACCAAUGGCAUUGCUAGCAGCGGAUUGCGUGCCAGCAGCAGCAGCACAACAACAACCACAGCGACAACAACCACAAGCAGCAGCAAUAGCAAUGGCAAGGACCUGCCCAAGGCAAUGAUUAAGCCAAAUGUCUUAACGCACGUCAUCGACGGCUUCAUCAUACAAGAGGCGAACGAGCCAUUUCCGGUCACACGACAACGCUAUGCGGACAAGGAUGACAAGGAUGAGCCGCCCAAGAAAAAGGCAGCGCUGCAGGAAACGGAUCUCAAGUCAAGUGCAGCAGCAACGACAGCAGCAGCGACGACAACGACAACAAGCACAACUGUACCGGCAACUGCUGGUGCUGGUGGUGGUGGUGGUGGUGGUGCUGCUGCAGCAGCCAGUCCAUUGGUUGGCCUGCCCGCCGAUAUGGUGGCGUGCGAGCAAUGCGGCAAGCCGGAGCAUCGCAGCAAGCUGAAACGCAAGCGAUAUUGCUCGCCGAUCUGUGUGCGCCUGGCCAAAAUAAGCAACAACAACGCGAGCAACAGCAACAGCAACAACAACAAUGGCAGCGGCAUUGGCAUGGUUGCUGACAAUGCAUUGGCGCUGGCCGACAAACUGGACGAAUCGCUCGCCGAGGAGAAAAUGCAAACGGAUGCAUUGAGUCCGGAGCCGGGCAUGAUUAUAGCCGAGCUGCCGGCAACAGCGACGGCAACAGUAGCGAUUGCAGCUGCAGCUGUUUCAGCGCUGCCAGCAACAACGGCUGCCACGCCCACCAGCAGCAGCAGCAGCAGCAGCAGCAGCAACAACACCAACAACAACAACAACAACAUUGCCGUAGCACCUGAACGUCCAUCGAUCUCCAGCUGGAGCGUGGACGAGGUUAGCGAAUUUAUACGCAAUCUGCCCGGCUGCCAGGACUAUGUUGAUGACUUUGUGCAACAGGAAAUCGAUGGGCAAGCGCUGCUGUUGCUCAAAGAGAAUCAUUUGGUCAAUGCGAUGGGCAUGAAGCUGGGGCCGGCGCUCAAAAUCGUCGCCAAAGUGGAGUCCAUGAAGGAGGUGAAUCAGCCCGUUGCCAAUGAUGUGUCUAAAGAUGCCCAACAAUAGUGCACAGUUCGAGCAAGGAUUGGUGUUGCCAGCAGCAGCAGCAGCAGCAACAGCGACAGCUGUGCCAGUCCUCUAUCGCUGCUAUCGCCCACCUACUCCAUCACACCGCCGCCGUAUUCGCCCGUCUAAAUUGGCGCUGGUCUAACCAGUUAUUGUUGGUGCCGGAGUUGGAGUUGGAGUUCAUUGUGAAUGUGAUUCACACUAGCUAAACACUAAGAUACCCUCGCGCAGGCAUUCCCCGCCCCGCCUCCCAUUGGCCCCAGCAGCUGUCGCUUAGUCUCUAUUUAACUUUAAUGUAGCUUCAAAUUUGUAAGGCCAAUUGUAUGAUAAACAUGAAUCGAGUACUACAACUAAACUAAGUUAAGUCUAGCCAGCCCACUUAACACGCCCUCAUCUAGCUUAAGUCUAUAUAGUUUAUAUAUAUAUAUAUAUAAAUAUAUAUAUAUAUAAAGCCCCAUCUCCCAUUCCCCUUCACUUGUACAAUCGAAUGCAUUCAACAAAUUUCUUCAACGUUUUUAUUCAACACUCAAGAAAAGCAACAAAAAAAAUACCAUUAAAAAUACUAAAAAAAUACUAUUAAUUACUAAGGCUAAUUGUAGUUAAGUAAGUCUCUUUAACUGAAUUGAAAAU